AUGCUAGUAUCAACGAGCGACGCCACCGACGACGUAGCCGAAGCCGCCGACGAUCUCGCAGCGACAGUUCUGGGCCUGAAGAAAGAGCGCGAUACAUGGAGAGCAGUGGCCGAAUCGUACCAGAAAGCUUUCGAGGACCAGACUGCACGUCUGGCAGAGGUGCAAGACAUCUGCUUCGCAACGCAAAUGGAACUGGAAAACGAACGAAUUGCAAACCGCCACAGCCAGAAGUCGUCCGAAGUGUCGCAAGCGUCACCCCAUGGCACCAUCGAUGGCACUGACGGCACUGACGACAAGCUCGACAAUUCCUCAUCUGGCACCGCAACCAUUUACGAGUCUCGUCACGCGGAGGUAACCUUGCGACCGAACUUCUGCUUCCGGCGCGUGGAGUACUUCACCGCUCGACGCGACUAUGACACCGCACUUAGAGAAGUGGACCACCUUUUGCGCGGGCCGCUGACACCACAAGCACGGAUAGAGGGUCUGCUACUCAAAAGUACAAUCAUGCGCAGAUUAGAGUGGUUGUACGAUGCCCUCGCCGUCUGUAGUGAGGGCCUGGAGCUGUGCAACCGUCUCGAAGAGCUGCACGCAUAUCUGCCCAGGAUUCAAUAUCAGCGAGGUUUUUGUUACUACCAGCUCCAGAUGUUGAAACAGGCACGCGAGGCUUUCAACGAAGUUUGCGCUGAUGACGACGUCCUCUAUGCCAAAGCGUCCGAGAUGCGGGAAUUUUGUGACGACCAGCUGCAUGGGCGGAGACCCGGGUUCGAAGCACACCGUACAGUGACUGAAGGCCUUUUGGCGCAAAUCAGCGACGACGACAGCCAGUCGCCCAGGACCGCAAUCUUGCUAUCACCUCCCCGUGGCAAAACAUCGACUGUUCGGAAAAUUGCGGAAAAGUACGAGCGACCACAGCUCCAGAUCCCAGGCACUGAGCCCGCGAAGCCAAAACACAACCUCAAGGAAGAAUACAAAGAUCCAUGGCAACAGAAAAAUGAGGAGCAGCUUCAAAGCGAGCGCGUUCGGAAGGGCUCUGGAGGACUGAACCCCCAUCUAAAAGAACCCUGGGAACGGGCCCGAGACGAGGCAUUUUCUGCUUUGAGGAACGACAGAGAUAGCGGCCCCGGUGCAGAGGGUACACCCUUGACCGGCGGCACUCAAGCCCAGCUCCAUACGUUGGAUACCCUGCGCGCGGAACUGCCUAAUGCUGCAUCUAUCCAUCUGCAGAGUGGGACCCGGUCCACCUUCCUCCCCGAGGGCGUUACGCCCUUUGCUUACGCGCUCGACCCGUGGCUUCAGCAGAAUCCAGAGUACAGACACCUCCUCGAGCCUACGACACCUUCCUCCACGCAAGCUUCACCCGUGCACGGAAGUAGCGUGCACGCUGAAGGAAGCACCAGAACAGCUGAAGCUUUCCCUGAAUUCCCUUUCCAGAGCAUAGCCGCCUAUCUCCGCGACCGAAACAUCGUCGAAAUAAGAGCCAAAAUCCUGCACGUGAAGACGUUACUGUUUCGGUGCGGGGUGCUAGUAAUGACAGCGCGGUCAUUGGAGCAAGCUGAAUUUCUCCACUCUGCUCGAGUGAGUCCAGACUCUGAAGGUGAGGAGGAAGAUCCGGGUAAGGGGUGGUAUAAAGCGUAUUAUGAGGCGGGUAGGGCGGCGGAGAAGGCUGGGGCGAUGGCGGCGGAGCUGAGUAAGAAGGAGUUGUGGUUGGACGGGCUGCAGGCGAGGACGUGGUAUUGGAAGGGGAGGGCGGAUGCUGGGAUGAAGCGGUGGGAUGAGGCGGGUAAGGCGUUUGGGAAGGUGGGGAAGUAUGAUGCGACGAAGAAUGGGCUGACGGCUUUGGAGAGGCGGGAUGUUGAGUUGCGAAGGGAAGAAUGGGAGAUGAAGGUUGAGCUUGCUCAGCAAGGAAGGCAGGGUGAUGAAGUGUUGGACGACUUGACGGGAGGACUGGAGGACAAAGCUGUGGACUCGGAGCCGGUGCGUGCUGAGGGCGACGAGAAGUCAGAUGAUGUCAAAAGAGAACAGCGCGAGCAGUUGGGGACGAUCAUCAACGAUAUGAAGGCAAAGUACAAGAUGAAGUACAUUAGACCUUUUUCGCUGGAAGAGCAGGAAUACAUUAUCAAUGGUGUUCCUGUUCCGGUGAGAAAGCAAACGAAGGAUUUUGAAGAGCGAGGGGUUUCAAGGCGAUGA